UAAGAAUGAAUGGCCUCUGAUAUGUGCCGGGGAUCAGGCCUGACGCAAAGCAGACAAUGUUAUCAGCAUGGAAACCAUCAGAGAGGAGCGGGAGCUGAGGGUUCUCUUCUGUUCAGAGUGUGCUAAGGCCUACGGGAUUGGUCUGCGUGUUUUCUUCUCAGCAGCUGUCUUACAGCACGAAAUUCGUGCCAUUUUUUCUACUGUCCAGUAAUUCCUGCUGGUGGCUACACCAUCUUGGAUUGGUCCUUGCAUCUUGGGGGUACAAUGCGGCAGCUUCUGGCCUUACGUGUGGCGUUUAACCUAUGGCUCGCAAUAUCGUUCAGCUCAGGCCAAAGUGGGGAUGACAUUUUGGCCGAUUUGGGAUCCGGGUACAUCCUUGACACCCCUCAAGACCAACCCAAAGAGUCUCGAAAUCCCCCAAAAGACACAAACCAUUGUCAGCUGACUUUUGUGACCCCACGACAGGAGCCAUGUGUAGACAAGGACAACUCUAACCGCAUCAAGGAGGACGUGAAGUAUCUCCAGAACCUUCUACAGGACCACGACCGGGUUCUCCAGAGCCUGAAAUAUACAGUGAAUGCGGACGCCCAAGACUUGGGGUACCAACAGGUCAUCUCAGAACAUAAUAAAGGGAUCCGGGAGGACAACAAGGAAUUCUACGGGACGCUGAACAAAAUCAUCCAGGAGCUCCACACUCGAAUGGAUGAUGAUGAUGGUACGGAGGUCCUCGAUGAGAAGAAGAAACUUAAGAAGAAUUUCCUUACAAUGAAUCAUCUCCUUCAGACGACCUUCCAGUUGGCGGAGACCCUAGAUAAGAAGUCUCAGGAUCUUGACGUCCUUUUAGCCAAACAACUGGAGAGAUCCACUACUUUAGCCUACAGAAACAUGCUGAGAUCCUGAUGAAGGACUGCGGGCUCCUAUGGGGGGCACACAGAGGGUCCCCUCCCACCCCAUAACAGCUUCUAUAUCUUCCCAUAUAGGACAGAGAUCUUCUCCCGGAGGGGAUGGAGCCCACUUGAUCGGGGGGUCCUCCUCCAUUGCUGCCAAAUGGGCGACCACAAUGGUACACGAGCCCCUGACCACCACUGAGGACUGACUUAAAGGGGUACUCGGAACGUUCGGAACAUUUUGUAGCUGAGGCUUUGUCCAAACACGUUAAAGGGGUACUCCACUGGCCAGCAUUCCGAACAUUUAGUUCCAAACGCUGUGCGCGUGCUGCGGGGGUCCGCCACGCCCCCUCGUGACAUCACACCACGCCCCCUCGUGACAUCACACCACGCCCCCUCGUGACAUCACACCACGCCCCCUCGUGAAAUCACCAUGCCC